AUGAAGAGAGGAGGACCAGGACCAGAGCACACCAUGAAGAGAGGAGGACCAGGGCCAGAGCACACCAUGAAGAGAGGAGGACCAGGACCAGAGCACACCAUGAAGAGAGGAGGGACCAGGACCAGAGCACACCAUGAAGAGAGGAGGACCAGGACCAGAGCACACCAUGAAGAGAGGAGGACCAGGCCAGAGCACCAUGAAGAGGGAGGACCAGGACCAGAGCACACCAUGAAGAGAGGAGGACCAGGACCAGAGCCCACCAUGAAGAGAGGAGGACAGGACCAGAGCCCACCAUGA